AAAAAGCGUUUAACAUUUCAAAUCAUAGUAAUUUGGGCACACCUUCUCCACAUUGAAAUCCGCCAAUAAAUUGAGCAUCUGCACAGAGAAUUCCCAAAUUAGAACGGCGCCGGAGAUUCAGAUUCUACAUCGGAGUUGCAGCAAUGGCGAAGAAGGCGGUGCUGAUCGGCUGCAACUACCCUGGAACGCAGGGUGAGCUCAGGGGCUGCGUCAACGACGUACUGCGGAUGUACGUUUGCCUGGUUGAGCGGUACGGGUUCGCCGAGCAGGAUAUAGCGGUGCUGAUAGACACAGACGAAUCGUACACGCAGCCGACCGGCCGGAAUAUCCGCGCCGCGCUGGUCGAUCUGGUGUGCUCCGCCGCCCCCGGCGACUCUCUGUUCGUGCACUACAGCGGCCACGGCGUGCGCCUCCCGUCGGAUAACCCCGACGACGAAACCGGAUACGACGAGUGCAUCGUCCCCACGGAUAUUAAUCUGAUUACCGAUGAUGAUUUUCGAGCAUUGGUAGAUCAAGUACCAAAAGGAUGCAGAAUCACCAUAGUAUCCGAUUCCUGUCACAGCGGCGGCCUAAUCAGCGCAGCAAAGGAGCAAAUCGGAGAGAGCACCAAAAAGCAAAAAUCAUUCAACAACGAGUCCAUCUCCGGGGUUAGAAACUUCGUGCGUAAAAGUGUCGAAGGCGCAAUCGAAUCCCGAGGCAUUCACAUCUCUUCCAAACACCAUCACACCCCCCAGCACCAGAAGCAGCAGCAGCAGCCCCACCACCAACAAACCUUAGACGGCCACCACAUAAAGAACAAAUCCCUCCCACUCCAUAUUCUAACGGAGAUUCUCCAGCAAAAAACCGGCAAAAACGAUAUAACCGCAGACAAACUGCGACCGACUCUUUUCUCAAUAUUCGGAGAAGACUCCACCCCCAAGAUCAAGAGUUUCAUGAAGAAAAUAUUCAGCAAACUCCAAGAACACGAAAACCUAGUCGUCGGGGGGGUGGUUUUGGGCGUCGUUGGGGGCUUAGCUUUGCAUUAUAUCGACCAUAAACACAAGAAGAAGCACAACAGUGCAUCGGUACUAUCAGAUAGCGGGAUUUUGAUCAGUGGUUGUCAGACGGACGAGACUUCUGCUGAUGUCACUCCUUCGGGCGAUGCUGGCUUAGCUUAUGGAGCUCUGAGCGAUGCGGUUCAGAGAAUAAUCGAAGAAACGGGUGGGAAAGUUAGUAACCAGAAGUUGGUUAUUAAGGCGAGGGAGCUGUUGACGAAACAGGGAUUCAGUCAGCACCCUGGUCUCUACUGCAGUGAUGAUCAUGUUGAUGAUCCUUUUGUUUGCUGAAUUUAUUUAUUUGAUGAGGGCUUUGAUUGUCAUUUUUCUUUAAUUUUGCUUGUAUGGUGUUUCUGUGUGUGGUGUGCUUGUGAUUUUUGAUUGAUAUUAUUAAUCAAAUUGUUAACUUUAAGUGGCCAAUGGCUACUUAAUUAAAUUGUUAAAUUUCAAAUGUUUUUUUUUUUAUUAA